UUUUAAACGCGCAGACGAAUCCGAGAGGGUCGGAAUUGGAAGGUGUGACAGCUAUUCCCAUGGAUGAAAAAUUCCUUGAGUCUAUGAUGAGCACAGCUUCAUCAUCUACCUCAAGAGAAACGGGCCAAGGUAAUCAGACAGAGCACACAGCCGAAGUAUGUAAACAAUCCUCACGUCCAAGUAUCGCCCUUACGGUUCCUUCACUUCGUGAGUCCUUGGACCGUCCUGCUCCAAGCGGCGAAUCCGAGAGAACUUCGAGAAGCCGCCUGCCAUCAGCGGCCACUCAUGAGUCACCAGUAACUCCUGGAGAUGCGACUACUUUCGAUACAGGAGAAUGUAGCAAGAAUGAAAAUGUUGUGGUCUCCUGCAACAUUGUCGAAUCAUGCCUCGGAUGUGUAAACAACAAGAACACUUCCGAUACGUCGAUUACUCCUCCAUGUUCUUCAUCCAACACCACAUCCACUUCAGCAACUCCCACCGUUACCUCUAUUAACCCAACGUCCAGUUCUCCCUCGCUCUCAAAACCCAUCACUUCUUCAGCCACGACGACCAACGCGCUCUCCCGAGGCCCAUCGUCCUCUUCUCUCUUUCCAAGACCUCCACCUCCAAGACCUAAGAUGGGGCUACACCAUCCAACGAUAGGAGUGAAUGGUCAUGCUCUUCCCCGGGGGGCGGGAGAGAGUCGUGAUGCCCCCCGGAACCCUUCAGCACUCCCAACGGGGCCCCCUGAUUUGACGGUACGCCACAGAGAAAGACUAAUUGGCCCCGUCACAGCUUGCGUAGCGCUGCCUCCGCUGAGGAUAGCAGAUGCGCAGAGGGAGAGAGGUCGGCUUGUGUCCGUGUGUCAAAGGCUAAUGAGUAGACCCGUGAAAAGAAGAUUGUGGGAGGUGGAUCAUGAUAAGCUGGGUCCCGAGGUCGAGGCCGAGUACAAACAGAUGAUCGAGGACGAUGAGAAGAGGUUCAAGGAGCGAUGGGAAGAGUUGGGUCCCGAAGAGAGCAAAGAUUCGCCUUCUUUCUACCGUAGUAAGGUAAUAACGCCAUACAAACGACGAGCUGCAGCGGCAUUUCCUUCAGAUUCUGCAGUUGCAACACCACUUCCGGCGUUAGAGGAGCCUGUUAGCACAAGUGACGAUAAAAAUGCUCAGAAGGUCUCUGAUGCUUCGGUAUCUAAGCCAAGAACUGAAACCGCCGGUGCUGGUACAGAGAAAGCACCACCUUCUGCUACCACCGAUGACCAAAAGGAACCGAGCGACUGUCCCAAAGAUGGUUCAAAACAGCCCGCAACUCCUUCAGAGGUGAGUUCAAAGAAGCUGGUAGUUGAUGGACAAGUCAUGGCAAAGGAAAGUGUGAGCAGCAACUACGAAUCUGAGUCAAUGACCACUACCUCGUCUUCCGACUCUCCUUCGUCGGCGCCCUCCACGCCUGCCUCUGCCUCCAAGCCUGGUGUCUCCUCAUCAGAAACCACGCCCACGCACACAGUCACAGUCAGCUCUCCGGCUUCAGACAGACCUUUGCAGGAAAUUGUCACUCGGUCGCGGAGCUUGGCGUCAAGUCAAAAAGGAACCGCACCUCUACAAAGGCCUGUGACCAGAGCCAGCCGUCAGCAGAGGUCGUUACAAAGGAGCUACUCAGGGCCUUAUUCUCGAAAGCAUCUCAGGAUGUGAUGGAGAAUAAACGGGAAGAAAUCAUGAAAGAAAGGUCAUGUCUUUCUUUCUGUGUUGACGAAUUAACUGUGAUUUCAACGCCUUCCUCACCAGUGAUAUACCAAAAGAAGCUUCGUAGUCACUAUUUGUUACAUAUUUAUGUUUAAACUGUAUAACAUUUUAUUCUAUUUGCACGUUGUCAUAUCACUUCAAGUUUCACAUUGCUAGUCUGCCAAAGCCAUAGAUAUGUAGAUACUGUUUAUUCAUAUAGCCUGAAAGAAAGUAAGUUUGUCGACAGUAAGCUAUUCUGUAAAGACUUGACAUUGGGUCCCUUUGGAAGCUCAACCAACGACAAGAAACCCUUCGUAGUUGCUUGCAGCCAAAAAUGAGAUGUUACUCUUAGCUUCUUUCAGCUGAAAUGAGUUGCAUUUCAUAGCGGCAAUUGGUAACAUGAGCUGCCGUUGUUGGCUGCUUACAGCUAGUAAGUUGAAUGGCCUAUAGAGUUGCAACUGAAAUGAGUUGCCGUUCUAGUUGUGUAUAGCUAAAAUAAGCUGCUCACAUCUAAAACGGGCUGUAGUUGUUCCAGUACAUGCCUCUUCAUCCAUGAAGGAUGUCGCCGACCCGGGUAAAUCUGUGAUGGAUGGCCUCCCUUCCCCCCUACCCCAUUCUGUUGUUGUUUUUCUUUCUUCAUUCCUGUUUUUUUUCUCUCGCUGCAACUGACACUACAUCAUCAUGUAAGGAAAGCUUUCAGGAAAGUAAGGGCAUAAGGCUUUUUUCUGUUUAUAGUUGUAAUAGAUGAUUGUUUGUUGAUGUGUAUUUUCUAAAUGUUUUAGAAAAGCCAAUGGUGUAUUGUGUUAUUUUUUGUUAUGAAGGUUUGGUCUAAUCAUAUUUUGUAAGCAUUGCUACUUAAUAGAUGCCUUUACUAAAGAUGGAGCUUAGGAAUUAUGGAAGUUUUAAAUAUAAUAAAUUAACCUCGUCAUGUUACAGUCUUGACUGACAUGGCCUUUCAUUUGCUCACUUGAAGAUUAAGAGAGCUUGACGGAAACCCCGGGGCUGUAAGUAACAGAGACUGGCUGCUCUCUGGAGAGUGCACUCAAAGCGGAAAUUGAUCUUUUGUAGUUUUCGAGCUCGGUUUCCAGAUUGCAUUUUCAUUCAUUGAAGUGCAAAGUUUGUAUCCAUUAUCUUUGUUUAAAAAUGUAAAUCAGUGUUAUGACUUGACUCAUCUAAAGAAUUGGAGUGUCACAUGUAACCAUAGCCUGAAAACUAGAGGUCAUUUGAUAGGAUUAAAAGGUCAAAUGGCCGCAUAUCUCUGCGGUUAUGAGAUAUCAUUCUUCUUUUCGGAGCUAUUUUCUGUAUUCCCGGAAUCCGCCUUGAAUAUAAUUAUGUGGUGUUGUACCGCUGAACUGUGCGUCAUGCACGAGUUCUCAUUGUGAGUGAGAAGGGCAAUAAUGCUGCUCUGAUAGUGGACUCAAAUGACUCGAGGGUUUUCGCGAUGAUGAUGAAGAGGAAGAAGAAGCUUUUUCACACAUUAAUUUUUGCGUGCUUGUGAUUUUAUGUGUAUAAGUGAAUUUCAUAUAUAAGUGAGUUGGGUAUAAAUGCUUGUUUGUAUGUUUAUGAACUGUUUUCUUUUAUUUACCUGUCGUACGAUAUAUUGUGUGAGAAUAAGGCUUCAGUAGCAGAUUAGGAAAUAAGAUGGUUUGUAAUAAGGAUAUUAUAUUUAUUACACAGCACUUCUUACUUAUGUAUACUUUAUCUACUCGUGUUCUUGUCACAUGGAUAGUUAAGAGGAUCUUUAAAAUUUAUGUAUUAAUAAUAUGUAUAUAUUGAUGAUUUGUGAUAAUCACCCUAACGGGAACUACUGGUUUUCGGGUAAGCAAAUAUACACGAAUUUCUAAUUGCAGAAAGGCGUGUAUUGUUAUAUACAUACAGUUUAUGUAGCGGGAGAAACGUCUUACCUAAAUCUUUUGAAAGAGGUCAAUAAAAUUCCUUGCAGGUAAUUUAAUGGUU